AUGUCACUGGAAAGCACCCUCGCAGCGGCAGCAGCUGUCCGGAGACGCGCAGACCCCCGCGAGAUCAGCUACGAAGCUUCCCUGGAGACGCUGAGCCUGAAGCGGCUCUACCCCUCCUUCCUGCGCACCAUUCCCAGCGACAGGCAGCAGGUGAAGGCCAUCUUCCUGCUGCUGCAGCGGUUCGGGUGGACGUGGGUCACGCUGCCACAACGCACCAUCCCUACCCACGAGGACGCCAGCAGCCCGGAGCUCCACGACCUGGUCAGAAUCCUCACCGACGUGAAGGUCAACGUCACCGUCGUCUUCGCCAACAAACAUACCGCCCGCACUUUCUUCGAGGUGGUGGUCCAGAGGAACGUCACGGGCAUGGUGUGGGUGGGCUCCGAAGACUGGUCGCUAUCCCACAUCAUCUGGCAGGUGCCUGGCAUCCAAAGGAUUGGCUCGGUGAUUGGGAUGUCGGUCGAGGAGACGGAGCCCACGAUGCUGGAGCGCUUUGAAGCUUGGAAGACGGCAGAGGGAAGUGCCGGCAGCAUGGGGGCAGGCCGGGGAAGCGGAGGGAGCGCCCAGCUGGACUGCACCCCGCGCUGCACCAGCUGCCGCUCGCUUGCCGCCACCCCCGACACGUACGACGCCCAAGCCUCCUUCAAUGUGUACUCGGCCGUGUACACCGUGGCCCACGGCCUCCACGACCUGCUGGGCUGCGCCUCGGGGGUGUGCAGCAAAGGCACAGUCUAUCCCUGGCAGCUCCUACAAAAAAUCAAGCGCGUAAACUUCACCCUGAACAAGAGCCGCAUCUCUUUUGACGCCAACGGGGACAUUCGUAGAGGCUACAACAUCAUCAUGUGGAACUGGAGCGGCCCGAGCUGGGGUUUCGAUGUGAUAGGAACGUUCAGCAUGAACCCUGACCGGCUGAGCAUUGACCAGGGCAAAAUCCAGUGGCACACAAAAGAUCGCCAGGUACAGUUUUGCAUCCAGAUCCUGUUUAUUGCUUACUACCGAGCCAGCUACAUCCCCAACACCGCCAGCUCUGGGAUAUUUCCCCACAGCAGGCUGAAAAUGAGGGCAGAUGGAGGUGGGGAGAGGCGGCUGCAGCAGAGCCACCACCGAUGCUGCUUCAGCUGCAUGGCCUGCCCGGCAGGGACCUUCCUGAACAGAUCGGACCUCUACAGCUGCCAGCCCUGCGGGGUAGACGAGUGGGCCCCAGAGAGGAGCGAAGCUUGCUUCAACCGGACCGUCGAGUUCCUGUCCUGGUCCGAGCCCAUCUCCUGGGCGCUGCUGACCGCCACCGUCCUCCUCAUGCUGCUCAUGGCGGCACUGGCCGUCCUCUUCGCCCUGAACGCCUCCACGCCGGUGGUCAAGUCCGCGGGCGGGAAGAUGUGCUUCCUCAUGCUGGGCUCGCUGGCCUGCGCCUGCAGCAGCCUCUUCGGCUACUUUGGGGAGCCCACCCGGGCAGCGUGCCUGCUGCGGGGCCCACUCUUUGCCAUCAGCUUCACCGUCUUCCUCUCCUGCGUUUUCGCGUGUUCGGUCUGCAAGGAGGCGUUCAAGAGGCGAAUGGAGCUGCGGCUGCACAUGGUGUCGCACACGGGGGAGAUGCCGUACAAGUGCUCCUCCUGCGCCCAGCAGUUCAUGCAGAAGAAGGACCUGCAGAGCCACAUGAUAAAGCUGCAUGGCGCGCCAAAGCCCCACGCGUGCUCCUCCUGCGCCCAGCAGUUCAUGCAGAAGAAGGACCUGCAGAGCCACAUGAUAAAGCUGCAUGGCGCGCCAAAGCCCCACGCGAGGAAGACGUGCACAGGAGGUGGGGACCAGACCACCGUCCUACCAAACAGGUUCCUCCCUAAAAAGAAACUGAAGAACGGAGUCUGGUGGCAAGGGAAGCGUUACGGGGUGAAGGAGCGCCCAGUGAAAGGUGUCUCAACACACGCGGUGAGCUGCGAUGCUGCGGUGCCGCUCGACGCAACGCCUUUCCUCAGGGUUCACCUCCUGGGUCUCUGCGGGCAGAGAGGGGCCGAGGGACGCCGCAGCGGAGGCCUCGCUGUCUGCCGGCCGCGGUUCCACAACAGCUCCUCGCACGCUCACAGUAACUCCCUCUACGAUCAGUACGUUUUUGUUUCCAAGCACCAGUUUGCCUCUGCCUUCUCUCAAAGCAACACUGGUUCUGGAUAA